AUGUCGUUUCCACGCGAUAAACCGUUUCUGGUCGAUAUUUUUAAGUCAGAUGCAAGAGGAAAUCCUUUCGAAAGAUUGGAUACAAUCCAGGAGACUUAUCGAGGAAAUACAAGGAAAACCAGCAGCUUGGGGCUGCCAAGUAUUGAUUCUGCUUACGGCGACUCGGAUAGUUUGUCCCCUGUUUCUAACAGUAACAGUCAUGAAGACGAAAAAAGUGUUUCGACUUCGGAAUUUUCGUUCGACGACUUGGAUGAAUUUCGCAGCGAUGCAAAACUGUCUUCUAAUAAACGGGCAGACAAUUAUAUGCUUUCUAAAAAAGACAUGCAAGAAAUUGAGGAUCGAGUCGAAGAAAAUCUAAGAGAAGAUUUCAAAAAGAUUUGGCACAAUGCCAGGUUAAAAGAGUUACAAAUAAAAAAGAAAUUCACCAAGGUUAUUGACAAUGCUCGCGACAUGCUGAUAGAAGCUCGAGUGCACGCAGAGAAAGAGGCUGUUAACAAGUUGGAAGAAAGAGCAGAAGAAAAACAGAGCGAGAUAAUGAAGAAAAGAUCUUUGAGGAAAUGGCAAAUCUUGAACAAAAAGAACAAAAAAGAGGGGAAUGAAAUUCCAGAGCACAACUUUGGAGGUGGUGAUGAAUGGGUAAGACAACAAGUCGAGGAAAUGGCUGCCUUGAGAAAAAUCCAAUCAGAUUUAGAUCGAGCUCGGGCAAGACGAAAGAGUUCGACUGGACUCAUCUCUAUCCUGAAGGCAAAGAAAGCAGGAAAAAUAAAGCAGAUGAUGCAAACAGAGAUGCGUAAACUUGAAAGGAUCGACGAAAUCCAGAACCUGAUUCAAGACCUGGUUGAUCUUGGGUUAAAUGAGCAGGCUGAUUCUUUACGUGGGUCAAUUCAGUCGAAAGAAAAAGCUGACAUUACACUACGCCAUCAGCUCAAGGAAGAAAGAAAUAAAGCACGCGUUGAGGCUUUAAAGAAAAAGGAAGAGGAGGUGGAGAAGUUACGCAAAAAAAGGAUCGCUGAGGUGGAGAGACUGGAACAAGAAAGAGAGGCGAGAGAAGAGCGAGAAAGACGUAGGCGAGUGAUGGCGGCACUGGCAAAAAAAGCUCAUAAUCAAGCGCUCAGGCGAAGUUUUGAUCAAACUAAACUGACCUCACGAAUUUCAAGAGCGCACACUUUCUCUUUUUUUCCUCCUCCAAUACGAAAAUAGUAACUACAUGAGUUACCAUGAGCCGUCUGAUAAUGAAUAAAUUACGGAAUGAUUCGUUGAUCGGUAAACAUCAGUGGAAAAACUUCGAGUACCAGAAUCUUCUUUACCACACGAAGGAGUUCACUAUGGUAACAACCGGUACAAAAGCUGUCACGCAACGCAGCAGUCCCGCCUCCAGCGCUGCGUGACAGACUUUACAAAACGCUGAGAGCAGAUCGUGUGUUGUGAAUCAUGACAAAAAAAGUGUCAGAGUAUUUAAACCACCUAUAUACCUCGAGAUCAUAUUGAUAACUUAUUAUCAAAACGAUGAUAAAAACCGCGUUUCAUUUAAAAAUAGUUUUUCACAAAACACGACCAAACAUUUCGAUAAAAAUGAAAUAGAGGUUAGUUUAAAUACUGAACGAUAUUAUUCAUGCCGUUUCUCUCUCUCUACUUUAGAGAGAAAAAAAGUCAACUUUUUUAUAAUUAAACACGCGAGUCCCUGAUCAUGAUGGAAACACAAGAGUCGUGAUAAAAUGGAGUUGUUGAAACAAAGAAGAGGCAGAAGCAAGGAAGAGGUAAAAAAGUAAAGGCACGCCGCAUCACGUUGGUCAUUUGAAACACAUCCAGACCAGUCUACUCUAUCCCUGUUUCUGUACAGCACCUGCUUUCUAUUUUAUUUUUUAUUUCUUUUAAUCUUAUCAAUCAUGUUGAAGGUAAUUUUUUGACGUCGAAAGAAAAUACUCGAUAUAUUAUCACCUAACACUCUAUUUUAAGGCCAGUUUAUAGUAAAAAACUUUCUCGCAAAGAUAUUCAACAACCUACAGCCGAAAGUGUUGUCACAAAAAAGGUGACAAAGCUAACAACAACACAAUGAGAUCGCAAGGUGACAAUUUUACUCAGUUGUAAAAUCGUGAUAUCCAUUCAUUUACAGUUCACCUGUGCAUGCCGAACGUUCUGAACGCGAAUUCAGGGGGCAAAUAUCCAGAAACGCCUAUUGGAAAGCAAAUAUGUCAGUACAACUUAAGAAAUUCGACGCAAACGCCACACUGACAGGUUUUGAUGGGUGCCAUUCUAAUAAACUUCUUCUCCUCGUCUUCAUCACCAUCAUCAUUCUGAUCUGUAGAUAUGGCUCUACUGCUGCUACCUAGAAUGACACGUGACUAUAGUAUUUGACUAUAGCCGCAAUCUUUGCAAUCUAUCAUUACUGAUGACUCGAACUCGGGCAGUAAAAAACAUCACUGAAAUCAACAUUCGAUGCUCCUGCAAUCAAAGUAGCUCGCAGUACUAUGAUGUUAUGCGUGAGCUCUAAACCCUAGCUAAAAACUUAUGCCUCCUGCUGGAAAAGUUUAGAUUUCACGUGUAAAAUAAUUUCCCCCCUAUUUCUUCUAACUUAUUAAGAUGGGUAAGAAGUACAGGUGAUGCCCAAUAGUUAGGUAACAUCAGAGGGUUGUAAGCUUCUGGUAACAUUGAUAAUCAUUUUUAAGAUUUUAUCAUAUAAAGUGAGCUUAUAAAUUAAUAAAUUCUUCGCACAGAAUUUAUGAAUUAUUAAUCCAAACACGAAACAAUAACAAUAAAAACACGCGGCAAGAAAUUAGUCAUUCGCUUUAAUAAUUUCCAAAUCUUCUAUCUAUGGGCCUUGCAGUUCUGUCGAUAUCGCUGUGACGUGCUAAUACCAGAUAAAAGAAGUUUCUGAUAGGCUACUUCAGAGCCAUGAUGUUAUCUUAAGUGGAAGUUGCUUUGUCUAGGAAACGGACUGUUCUAGAGAAAGAAAUGCGACCACACGAAAAAACUUGAUAAACAACGAAGUACUAUCGAAGCUUUACUAGAUGUACCCACCUUAAAAAGAUUUCUUUUGGCCAUCAAAGAAACGGAUUGUAUCAUUUUGGAAUUCCCUAGUUGUUUUGCGCUGAGGCAAUACAACACAAUAGUUGACAAAAACUCGAAGCGACAUUUUUGUCGUAUAAAUGGAACCAUACAACAAAAAGAGAUUCAAAGACGAUGCGGUCACAGGAUUCAACAACAAUGUUCGCAUUGUUUUACCAAAAAUUGAAGGGACUAAGAGAAAUUCAAGUCUUACGGGAUCAGAAACUCAUUCUCUCAUCACAAGCGCUAGUUCAAUCACCCCUGAGAUGGACGACGACAGUGACCUUGACGAGAUGGCGCUUCAAGAAGAAGACGAGGACGAAGAACGAAACGGAAGAAAAGAUGGCGAAGAUGAGCCCAAACAAAACGUUGAUGACGAAUAUCAUCUGAUAAAACUUUCUGCGACUGCUGAAAAGGAAAUUCGCCAAAGGGCUAAACAAACGUUGAAAAAAGAACUGACGAGGCUACGAUACGAAGCUGCCGCAAAAAGAAAUGAAACGAGAAGAAAAUUUAAAGUCGUAAUUGAAGAUACGAGGUCACAACUUAUUGCAACACGGAUUGAAGCUGAGAAAGUUUCUAUCGACAGGCUGGAAGAAAGAGCAGGUAAGCAGCAGGCUAGAAUAAUGCAAGAGCGAGCACAGCGCAAAAAAGAAGAGAAAGGUAAAGAAGUUGAGUAUGGCGAUAGAGGCAAGGCGCAUUCUGAAGAACUCGCUUCUCUCCGGAAGAUUCAAGCCGAACUGGAUCGAGCGCGUGCAAGAAGGAAACAUAGUCUCGCUGCUGUGUUGACAACGGUAAACGGUAAAGCAAAAGUGGCGAACCUUCUGCAGCAUGAGGUGAAAAGAUUGGAGAGAGCUGAGGAAGUACAGAAGAUUAUUGUGGAACUUCACUCUUUGGGAUUAACCCAAGCGGCCAUUGAUCUCACACACGCCCUCCAAGGAAAGGAAGACUCGGAAAUGGAGUUCCGUAACCAGUUACACGCUGAUCAAAUGAAGGCUAAGAAAAAAGUCUCUAUGCUCGUGGAAAGCGAAAUAGAGAAAGUUCGGAAAGAAUGCAUGGCCGAAAUGGAACGAAAAGAAUUGGAACGAUUAGAAAAGGAAAGGCUGAAGAAAGAAAGAGAGGAAAAGGAACGGAGAGAACGGGAGAUGGCCAAAUUAAAGAAAAUGGCACGUGAUAUGGCUAUGAAAAAGAUGUUCAAAGAAUCAAUGUUUAACACGAGCGUAUCAAGACCAUUUAGCUUUUCAUACUUUCCUUCCUUGAAGAAAUGA